GUUGAAACCCAGUCCACAAAUUUGACCCUUCAAGCCUUUUUUAUGCAUGCCGGGUUGUAUUAGCUGGGGAGACCAAUGAAGUUUUGCUUCAAUCCCACACCCAAGAGCCGCAGCAAAGGUCUCCUCUGCAGCUGCAGCCCCGUUAGUGGGAUAUAAUCCUUUUUUGCCUCCUCGGCUAAGUAGUUGUCAGCGCUUCGAUCCCCAACUUGCACCCGCUUCCAUCCGGGGCAUGUCGUAUUAAUCGCUACAUCACUUCUAUGAAUCCAGCCGUUUGAUGCAACGAUGGAUGACAGAAGACCGCAUUCUUUCGGUUAAAGAUUACAUCUGCCAUAUUAUCCGUAUCGUGCCGUAUAACUUUCUUUUCCCCGGCCGCAAAAAAACCUUGAAAGAAGACCGAACCACAUAUCUCGCCUUCACGCAAGAUGACCUCGUCCCUCUCUAAGGACUUGGAGAACUUGAGCCUGGGCGGUCCGCCGCCGUCCAAGGUCUCCAAGAACCUGCGACCACAACGCAAGAAGGGCAAAGCGCCCAUCGUGCCAUUCCGAUUCUUCGACCUCCCCUCGGAGAUCCGUCUGCGUGUCUACCAUUUCGUGCUCUUCACGCCACGCCGCCGCCGGACGAUGCGCGCGGCGGGCAGCGUGGGCGCCUCGUCGAAGAAAAACCCGCCGCUGGCGCCGGUGUCGCACCGGAUCGCGCUCUUCCUCGCCUCGCGCCGCAUGCACGACGAGGCCGCCGACUACUUCUACUCGACGCAGGUGUUCCGCCUCUUCCACAUCCAGGAUUACUCGAAGAUGCCGACGGUACGGGCCAUCGCGCCGCAGUACCGGCCGUCAAUCGCCACCAUCGAGCUGAUCCUGGGGUCGAGCUGGACCGCGCCCCCGUCCUCGUGGAAGGUCACCGCCGCCCUCGGCCUGGAGGACAUGGUCCGCAUCCGCACCCUGAAGGUCUUCCUCGAGGUCGACCCCUCGCAUCCGGUCUUCGAGGGCUUCCGCAUCUCCCGCGACUUCUACACCGAUUUCUCCGGCGACCUCCUGCAUGAGGUCCUGGCCCGGCUGCCGAAUCUCGAGUACGUCGAGUUCGACGGCUGGCCGUCCGUACGGAAGAGCGGCGCGCUGAUGAAGCGGCUGAUGCACGAGGCCCGUGCUGCGAACAAGAAGAUCGCGUGGGGCCCCGAACGCGGCUGGACGGAUUACGACGGCGAGGAGUUCGACGAGGACGCCUACGGUCUUAAGGCGCAGGAAGCCAGAGCGGAGGAACACAGGGCUGGUCAACUCGCUCGCUUGAGGGCUCUCAUGCCGGCGAGCUUCAUCCCCGAGGCCCUCAUGCCGGAGGCGCUUAUGCCGGAGGCUGUCUCGGUCAUGGACUCAUGACGAGAAAGACACGACCUUAUACAUACACAUACACAUAUAUAUUGUACGAUAUACGCCGAUUGGCUGCGGCGAGUCGAUGCUGUGGGAUGAACCUAGUACAUACAGGCAUUCUUUGCAUCAUAGAUUAGAUAUAUCUAGAUUGAUUAGCGAUGCCUAUGGUUUACGAAUCGAAG